AUGGUUUCUUCUUUACCUAAAACAAUGAAAGCUGUCACUUUUUUCGGCGCUCAUGAUAUACGUGUGAUUGACAAACCAGUUCCAGUUAUCGAGGAAACCACUGAUGCUAUAAUCAAAAUUCAUUCUACUGCUUUAUGUGGAUCAGAGCUUCAUCCUUAUAGAGGAGCAAUAAUUCCACCUAGCACCGGCCACACUAUGGGCCACGAGUUUACAGGAGUUAUUGUGGAAGUUGGAUCCGAUGUCAAAAAUUUUGAAACCGGUGAUGAAGUUGUCUCAAUUUUCACCACCCAGUGCGGCAAGUGCUUCUACUGUACACAUGGUGUUUCAAGCAAAUGUCCUCAGGCAUUUGUUUUUGGUACUGUUGGGCAUGACGGAGGACAAGCUGAAUACUGUAGAAUCCCUUUAGCCGACACCACUUUGAAGCUCAAGCCGAAAGGAAUCGAUGAUUCUAUAGUAAUUCUUAUGGCGGAUAUCUUUCCCACGGGAUACUUCGGUGUCAAGAAUUUGCUAGAGAAAAUUCCGGAAGAUCAAAUUUCGUCAUCAGUAGUUGUCCAGCUAGGUUGCGGACCAGUUGGUCUCUGUGCUAUUGCAGCUGCAAAAGAGAAAGGGAUCCGUACUUUGUAUGCCAUAGAAAGUGUGCCCGAGAGGCUCGAGUUAGCUGAGAAGUUUGGUGCAAUUCCUCUCAAUUUAGAGAAGGAUAACAUCGAAGAAAUUAUCAACAAAGCCACUGAAAAUAGAGGUGCAGAUGGUGUGCUUGAGGUAGUUGGAAGUGAAGAUGCUUUAGCUCUCGGCUUUAAAUUAGUUAGAAACGGUGGUGUGAUAAGCUCAAUUGGAUAUCAGCAUGGAAAGAUACCAUUCUCGGGCCUUGACUGUUAUCUUAAAAAUGUAACUCUUCAAUUCGGAAGAUGUCCUUGUUAUUCCUUAUUUCAGGAAGCAAUUGAAUCCUUUACUAAGGUCGCUCAUUUAUUCAAAGGAUUUGUCGACUUGAAUCUACCAUUGUCGGAAGCUCCGAAGGCUUAUAAGCUUUUCGAGAAGCAUGGGGCUCGAAAAAUCGUUUUUAAACCAAGUUUGUCUUCUGAGAAGAUCAAUGGCUCUUCUUCAUUAUGUUCCUGA